AGAAGCCGUGAUCUGAAAAAGUUGAACCCUUAUUCGGUCUUUUCCUGUAGGUUGUUCAACAUGGCAGAACAAACUGAGCGUGCGUUUCAAAAGCAGCCUACUAUAUUCUUGAACAAGAAGAAGGCUCUUGUGAGUGGUAAAAAGCAAGAGCGCUUUGUGAGAAGUGUCGGCUUGGGAUUCAAGACUCCACGUGAAGCCACAGAGGGAACCUAUGUUGAUAAAAAAUGUCCAUUCACUGGCAAGAUUAACAUUCGUGGAAGAAUCCUUUCAGGCAUUGUUUUUAAGAUGAAGAUGCAGCGUACCAUCGUCAUUCGUAGGGAUUACCUGCACUAUGUCAAGAAAUACAACAGAUUUGAGAAGCGACACAGGAACAUGUCUGUCCACUGCAGUCCUGCAUUCAGGGAUGUUGCUGUCGGAGACAUUGCAACAGUUGGAGAGUGCAGACCCCUUAGCAAGACCGUCAAAUACAACCUCUUGAAGGUUACCAAAACUGCGGCUGGCAAGAAAGCUUUCGCCAAGUUUUAGACAUGUCAAAUUACAUGUAAAGACAUUUUACAAAAAAGGAAAAAAAUAUUCAAAAACCAAAUCUGUGAAGUUUUGUUGAUUUAAACCAGAAAUCUGCAUUGUAUUUGUAGUCAUAAUUUGCCUGAAGUCCCUUUUGAGCUCUUACAUGUCGUACCACCUCAAACAUAUGAUAUCAAUGAUGGAGUGAAGUAGAUUAGUGGGGUCUAAAGAUUUGAUUGAUGCAGGACUACAGUGCUCACCAUAGAUAAAUGACAUCUGGAUUUGCUGAAGUGAAGAAUUCCCAUGUUAAAAAGAAGAG